CAGAUCAACUUCGAGUUAUAAUCAAUAUCUGUGAAUAUCGAAUUCUUAAUUCUCUUUGCUCUCUGAAAAGUUUGUUUCUUCAUCUGCUUUGAGUUUUUUCUCUAUUCGUGAGGUUGCUUGAGAGUUCAAUGGCGGACGUGCAGAUGGCCGAUGCUGAGACCUUCGCCUUCCAGGCCGAGAUUAACCAGCUUCUCAGUUUGAUUAUCAAUACUUUCUACAGCAACAAGGAGAUUUUCCUUCGAGAGCUUAUCAGCAAUUCCUCUGACGCAUUGGACAAAAUUCGAUAUGAAAGUUUGACAGACAAGAGCAAACUCGAUGCUCAACCAGAGCUGUUCAUCAGGAUUGUUCCGGAUAAGGUUAACAAAACUCUCUCCAUAAUCGAUAGUGGAGUCGGAAUGACUAAAGCAGAUUUGGUGAAUAACUUGGGAACAAUCGCAAGGUCGGGGACCAAAGAAUUCAUGGAGGCAUUGCAGGCCGGUGCCGAUGUGAGCAUGAUUGGUCAAUUUGGUGUAGGGUUCUAUUCGGCUUACCUUGUGGCCGAGAAGGUGAUUGUGACCACGAAGCAUAAUGAUGACGAACAAUACGUAUGGGAAUCACAGGCCGGUGGUUCUUUCACCGUCACAAGAGAUGUAAAUGGAGAGCAACUCGGAAGGGGUACAAAGAUCACACUCUUCCUUAAGGAGGAUCAGUUGGAGUAUUUGGAAGAGAGGAGGAUCAAGGACCUUGUGAAGAAGCACUCUGAAUUCAUCAGCUAUCCCAUCUAUCUCUGGACCGAGAAAACUACCGAGAAGGAGAUUAGCGACGAUGAAGAUGAUGAACCAAAGAAGGAAAAAGAAGGAGAUGUUGAAGAGGUGGACGAGGAAAAGGAAACCAAAUCAAAGAAGAAGAAGAUCAAAGAAGUUUCUCACGAAUGGCAACUCAUUAACAAGCAGAAACCAAUUUGGCUGCGCAAGCCUGAAGAAAUUACCAAAGAAGAAUAUGCGUCAUUCUACAAGAGCUUGACAAAUGAUUGGGAGGAUCAUCUUGCAGUGAAACACUUCUCUGUAGAGGGACAACUUGAGUUCAAGGCAAUUCUCUUUGUCCCCAAGAGAGCUCCAUUUGAUCUUUUCGACAGCCGUAAGAAAAUGAACAAUAUAAAGCUCUAUGUCAGAAGAGUGUUCAUCAUGGACAAUUGCGAGGAGCUGAUCCCCGAGUACCUUGGAUUCGUGAAAGGUGUGGUCGAUUCCGAUGAUCUGCCACUAAAUAUCUCACGUGAGAUGCUGCAGCAGAACAAGAUUCUGAAAGUGAUAAGGAAGAAUUUGGUGAAGAAGUGCAUUGAGAUGUUCAAUGAGAUCGCGGAGAACAAAGAGGAUUACAACAAGUUUUAUGAAGCCUUCUCUAAGAAUUUGAAGUUGGGUAUCCACGAAGACAGCCAAAACAGAGCCAAAUUGGCUGACUUGCUUCGAUACUACUCGACCAAGAGCGGAGAUGAAAUGACAAGCUUGAAGGACUAUGUCACCAGGAUGAAAGAGGGGCAGAAAGAUAUUUACUACAUCACUGGUGAGAGCAAAAAAGCAGUAGAGAAUUCUCCUUUCUUGGAGCGCCUGAAGAAGAAAGGCUACGAGGUGCUUUUCAUGGUCGAUGCAAUCGAUGAAUAUGCCGUUGGUCAGUUGAAAGAAUACGAGGGCAAGAAGCUAGUCUCUGCCACCAAGGAAGGACUUAAACUUGAUGAUGAAACUGAGGAAGAGAAGAAGAAAAAGGAAGAAAAGAAGAAGUCAUUUGAGAAUCUUUGCAAGACCAUCAAGGACAUCCUUGGCGACAAAGUAGAGAAGGUGGUUGUCUCUGACAGGAUUGUGGACUCUCCUUGCUGCUUGGUGACCGGCGAAUAUGGCUGGACGGCAAACAUGGAGAGAAUCAUGAAGGCUCAAGCUCUCAGAGACAACAGCAUGGGCGCUUACAUGUCAAGCAAGAAGACAAUGGAGAUCAACCCAGAUAAUGGAAUCAUGGAGGAACUAAGAAAAAGAGCAGAGGCAGACAAAAAUGACAAAUCCGUCAAGGAUUUAGUCAUGCUUCUCUUCGAAACUGCUCUAUUGACUUCGGGUUUCAGCCUUGAUGAUCCUAACACGUUUGCUGCAAGAAUCCACAGAAUGUUGAAACUUGGUCUUAGCAUCGAUGAGGAGGAAAAUGAAGGAGAUGAUGCAGACAUGCCUGCUUUAGAGGAAGAUGUUGCUGAAGAGAGCAAAAUGGAGGAGGUAGACUAAGCCUUAAUAUCAUCAGCUUCCAAUUUCUUUAGCGGUCAUCGUGCUGAUAUUGAGAUGUCUGUGAAUGUGUUUUGAGGAAGUAAAUGCCUGUGUCAGAGUCAUUGAUCAGUGUCAAUGUCGGUUUUGAGUCUUCGUUCCUGUUAUACAUUCUCGUUUGUAUUCAACUUACAAAUGGAAGUUUUAAAGAGUGUUAAUCCAAUAUAUGAACAGAUACCUCUCUUUUAUUGGUCAGCA